AUGGAGCCCGUAGACAGCUGCCAGCAGCAGCAGCAGCAGCAGCAGCAAGAGCGAAACGAGCAGCAGUUCUCGCUGCAGCAGCACGAGCAGUCACAGCAGCAGGAGGAGCAGCCACAGCAGCAGCAGCACACAGAAAAACUCCAGCAGCAGCAGCAGACGGAGCAGCAGCAGCCGCUUGACGUGGAGAAGCAUCAGCAGCAGCAGCAACAGCAGCCUGCCAGCAGCAGCAGCAGCAGCAGCAGCAAGAGCGAAACGAGCAGCAGUUCUCGCUGCAGCAGCACGAGGAGUCACAGCAGCAGGAACAGCAGCCACAGCAGCAGCAGCACACAGAAAAGGUCCAGCAGCAGCAGCAGCCAGAGCAGCAGCAGCCGCUUGACGUGGAGGAGCAUCAGCAGCAGCAGCAACAGCAGCAGCAACAGCAGCAGCAGCAGCAGCAACAGCAGCAAGAGGAGAAGCCGGGACACUCCAGCUGCCCCUCUUCAGCAGCGCCAGAUACUCAAGGUGCCGUUUAUUGCUGUCGAGCCGCUGGGGUGGAUGACUGGCCUGGAGGAGCAGCAGGGGAAACUCCUUUGCCCUAACGCUGCGUGUGGGGGCAAACUCGGCAACUGGAGCUGGGUCGGCCUCAAGUGCUCCUGCGGCCACUGGAGCUCUCCCGCCUUCCAGACAAGGCUGCUGCAGCAGCUGUACCAGCCGCAGCUGCGCCUGCAGCAGCUUCACUCACAGCAGCAGCUGUGCCUGCAGGAGCAGCAUGAGCUGCAUAUGCAGCAGCAGCAGCAGCAGCAGCAGCAGCAGCAAGCAGCAGCAGCAGCAGCAGCAGCAGCAGCAGCAGUAGUUGGUGGUUUGUUAUUGCUGUACAGGUUCAUCUCUCUCGAGUCGAUAGAGUAG